GCACAGGUAACCAUGCAGGCUGAUAAUCGAAAAAGAGCACCAGCAUGGACCGUGAGGGAGGUACUGGAUCUGAUCGCUGUAUGGGGAGAGGAUUCAGUGCUUGCAGAACUUCGUUCUAAAAGACGAAAUGCAAAAACUUUUGAAAAAAUCUCCAAGGGCAUGAUGGAGAGAGGCCACAAUAGGGACUCUGAGCAGUGCCGCGUGAAAGUCAAGGAGCUCAGACAAGCGUAUCAAAAAACAAAGGAGGCAAACGGUCACUCCGGGUCAGAGCCGCGGACAUGCCGCUUCUACGCCGAGCUGCAUGCAAUUCUAGGGGGGGCUGCCACCACUACCCCACCUCUGAUCGUGGAUUCUGGGUCGGGGAUAGUCUCAUCAGCGACGCCUGAGGAUUCUGCCGAUGGGGGAGAGGAGGAGGAGGAGGAGGAGGAUGAGCUUGCAGAGAGCACACAGCACUCCGUUCUCCCCAACAGCCAGGAUCUUUUUCUCACCCUGACUGAAGUACCCUCCCAAGCCUCCCAAGCCAGUACCCAAGACUCUGACCCCAUGGAAGGGACCUCAGCAGCUGCAAAUUCCUCAAGCCUCCCUCCUCCAUCCCGAAGGUUAUCACAGAUAAGGCGUCGUAAGAAGAGAACGCGAGACGAGAUGUUUUCUGAAAUUAUGGAAUCCAGCCGCAGUGACAGAGCUCAUCUGAAUGAGUGGAAGGAAACAGUUUCAAAGUAUAGGAAAGAAGCCAGUGAACGUGAGGACAGGAGGGACCAAUGUGAGGACAUGAGGGACCAACGUGAGGAGAGGAGAGACGCUCGAGAUGAGAGGUGGUGGCAGGAAGACCAGAGGAGGCAGGAUGCAACGCUGGGGCUGCUGCGUGAGCAAACAGACAUGCUCCGGCGUCUGGUGGAGCUUCAGGAACGGCUGCUGGAAAACAGACUGCCGCUUCAGCCCCUGUUCCACCCUCCCCCCUCCCCAUGUUCCGUAUCCUCCUCACCCAGACGUGUAAGAACACGGGGGGGGGAGGCUCCGUACACCUUCCCAUUCCACCCCAGUAGACAGCCCAAGCAAAAGGCUGUCAUUUUUUUAACCUUUUCUUUGUGGCUUUUUCCUUCCCAGCAAUCCUCCUCCCAAAUACCACCCGGGUUCCCUCCCUCUUUUUCUAAUCUAUUAAUAAAGAAUAAAUGAUUUUUAAAUGAUAGUGACUUUAUUUGGUUUGAAAGAAAGCUGGGGGAAGGGGGAGGGUGGGUUCCUUACAGAAAAUGAGUCAAUAAAGGGGGCGGGUUUUCAUGAAGGAGAAACAAACAGAUAUUUCACACUGUAGCCUGGCCAGUCAUGAAACUGGUUUUUAAAGCUUCUCUGAUGCACAGCGCUUCCUGGUGUGCUCUUCUAAUCGCCCUGGUAUCUGGCUGCGCGUAAUCAGCAGCCAGGCGAUUUGCCUCAGCCUCCCACCCCGCCAUAAAGGUCUCCCCCUUACUUUCACAGAGAUUGUGGAGCACACAGCAAGCAGAAAUAACAAUGGGGAGAUUUCUUUGGCUGAGGUCAGAGCGA